CCUAAAAUACGAGUCGAUCAUUUCCCGCCAGAGCGCUUUUGACAACCAACGCUCUUCGCAAGAGUUAGGGUUUUGGAAGGAAGAAAAGUUAUCUCUAGUAGAGCUACACUUCUCCAUCGAAGAAUAACCGAUCUGAAAACGAGAACAUGCGUUCUUUUGUAGGUGAAGAUGACGCGCCAAUGGACACUGACUACGAUGAUGAAGCACCUAAACGAAAGGAAGACGAAGACGAAGAAGAAGAGGAGAUGGAUCCAUUCGGUCAGUUCAUCAAUUACGUGACAUCUAUAUUGUUACCGGAUAACAGCGAUGACGACGAUGAAGAACCAAAUGGACCUGGAUGGAGUUGGAUCGCUUCUCGUAUUCUCAAGACAUGCAUUGCUUAUUCGAGCGGCGUCACUUCAGCGAUUCUGUUAUCUGAACUCUCUCAGGCGUGGAAUGAACAAAACAGAAUCGGUGCUCCAAAGAAGCAACCUGAAUGCAUUAGUAUGCUUAAGAAGAACAAAAGAUCUAAACUUCCGAAUACCGUGACUAUUGAUUCCAUUUACGAGAAGAAAUUUCUGUCGCUUAAUAGUGUCCUCGAAGCUAUUAUUAUCGAUGCAUUUGUUCUUCCUGGAACAAAUAUCUACAUGCUUUCUUUGGGCGAUUUUUGGAGCUCCAACACUAUCGAACUUUACCUCCAUCGUAGAUUUUACAACUUAGCUGAUACUCAUGAUGGAAUUCUGAAGAAAGGAAGAGAGGUUUUUCUUACAGGAUGUCGUCUGCGACCUGCUUCUAGUGGAUCUGGUUGCCUGCGGCUUUUGCCAACUGAAUAUUUUAUCACCCUUUUGAAUGAGGAUGAAGAUGAUGAUGCUAUGCUUCUUGGUGCACAAUUUUGUUCAGAUUCUUUCUCCAACAUAUCUGUUGAUGCUAUUAACGAAGGAACUUCUUAUUCUCUAUAUGCGAGGAUUGAGUACAUUGGUCCAGUGGAAAUUCAAGGUAAAGAUGGUAUUCAGAGGAAACAAAUUGCUCUAGUUGACAAUGAUGGUAUCAGAAUGAAGUUUUUGCUUUGGGGAGAGCAAGUUCUUCUUGCUGACCUCUUCAGUUUGGGAAGUAUGCUCGCCCUUGAUAAACCCUUUGUAGCAACUUUUACUGGAAGUGCCACCGGAAGAUCUGAAGAACUGUGUCUUGAAUAUGGUAGCGCAACACAAUUGUAUCUGGUGCCCUUCAUUCAACAUGAGGAACAAGUUUCUGUAGCAUUGACACAAACUCGAACUCAAGGGUCAAAGUUUUUGAGCACAUGCUAUCCAAGCCAGAUGUCCAAAAUCUCUCAAGUUGUCUUGCCCUGUGAUUCCAAAGGGUCCAUUGACUUCAGAAAUUAUCCUUUUCGAAUAUCUGUAAGUGAUCUUCGGGACAAGAUGACAGGGUUCAGCCUCUAUGGCAUAGUUAGCGACAUGUCUCGAGACACCAAUUCAGAGGAAGUUGUAUUUUCCUUGAGGAUUGAAGAUAAAACUGGUGCAAUUUGGGUGAAGCUUCAUUUUUCCAAAUCUUGGUCACUUGGACGAGUUGGACUUGGACACACUGUGUACUUGUCAGGCUUGUCAUGCUCAUAUACUGGACAUAAAUGCCUUGAAGUCAUAUGGUCAGAGAACAACAUUGGGGUUUCUUUUGUCAACCUAAGCUGCUUGCCGGCUUUGGUAAAUUCGUCUUGUCUGCACGUCUUAUCUACCCUGUCUAAUCUACAAGAUCGCAAAGCCAAUAUACAUGUAUGUCAGAUUCAGGUAGACCAAGUAGAAUAUUGUCAUGUGAAUACAAGGUAUUCUCAUUCACCAUGUGGCCAUUUCGUCAGUAUGACUUCUGCAGAGGCUGUGUGCAAAUUUUGCCAUCAAUCUUGUUCCACUGCCGAAGUGGAGAGCGCUUUCCAUCUGAAAAUAACUCUUGCAGAUGAGAGCGGUAAAGUUCUUGCAUGGUGUACUGGUCAGACAGCCGUGGAUUUGCUGCAGAUCUCUCCUGACGAGUUUAACGAAUUGCCUGAGGAAGAGCAAAUCAUUUAUCCAUCCUCCCUUGAGAGUGAAAGGUUUAGAGUUUCCCUAGUGAAUUGUAGAAGGCCAUCUCCCGGCAACAACUUAUACGAAGAAAGCGAUACAUUGUCGUGGGAAAUUACUCGUGCAAUCAAAUUAGACAGUUGAAUCAAUCCCCAUAGAGAGCUUCCACAAGCUAUUCUCGAAAACUGGAUACUGCAUAUAUGGCAAGCAAAUAUAAGGGUUUACUUGAACCGUCGAAUCCCAAACAAACUAAGCAUUGAGUUGAGGUUGGUUUUGGUUUGGGUCUGGGUUCAGAUUACCUAAACUAUCAAAAAAAGUGGAGAAAAUAACUAACAUCAUUCCUUGUAAUGAUGUCUUACAAUUUCACCAAAAUUGUGGAUCAAUUAUUUUAUAAUUUAACUAUGGUUCACAAGGGACUUUGAGCAAUUGGGAAAUUUAAGGGUCUUCUUGGU